AUGUUGACAGCAAUAAGCCUUUGCCUUAAUGGCAAAGCACUUGGUCAUUCUUGUAAGAGGUCAAUGCUAGCUUUAAUCAUAAUCUCAGCCGGAUCCAACCUCAUUAUUGUGGUUGUCGCUCCUCUUGUUGCCAGAUUUCUCACCGCUCUCAGCACCUCCACCAGAAAAUCCAACAAUCGGCAACCCAUUGCCGGCCCAGCAAUCGACAACCCAUCGCUGCCGUCGUUGAACCCAUCGCCACCGCCGUCGAACCCAUCAAUGGACAACCCAUCGCCGCCGCCGUCGAACCCAUCAAUCGACAACCCAUCGCCGCCGCCGUCGAACCCAUCAAUCGACAACCCAUCGUUGCCGCUGUCGAACCCAUCAAUCGACAACCCAUCGUCGCCGCCAUCGCCAGCAAACCCAUAG